AGAUCACCUUCAUCAUCUUUUUAUGCAAUGUUUGGAGGGUUGUGGCCACACUCACUCAUUCAUUCAGAAAACUAAACAACCAGAUCUGAAAAUUUUGAAAGAGAGAGAGAGAGAUGGCUUGUGUUGCUUUGACUUCUCUCACUACAACUAUGAAGUUGGAGUUUCUGCAACCCAAUAAUCCAAGGGUUCCUCUUGAUGAUGAAGCAUCCAUAUCAAUCAAUUCUUUGUUUGAAAAGCUUUCAUCUUUGCAAGCUUUUGUGCAGGAGAAAUCUGGAACCAGAGAAAUGGAGAUGAAGAUCAGAGACUUCGCUCUGGAAGCCGAAGAUCGCAUCGAAAUACAACUAAGCAACUUUCUUCUGGCCAAAAACGGAGAGGAUCAACAAAAAGCUUCUCAGAAACUCAACCAGAUCUUGCAAGAAGCUGCAGAAAACGCAGCAGAGUUGCUGAAACUUAGCAGCAGCAUAAGUAAAGAAGCAGUGAAGAAUGAAAGUGAAGGAUCAGUGAUUCCUUGGACAAAACAUUCUCCGGUGAUGGUUGAGGAGGGCAGAAUGGUGGGUCGUCGCGGUGAUCAUAACCGGAUAGUGGAUGAGCUCAUCGCGGAUGAUGAUGAGUUGGCAGUUCUAACCAAAGUAAUCACAAUUGUUGGUAUGACCGGUAUAGGAAAAACAACUUUAGCUACAAGUGUCUAUAACGAUCCAAUCGUUGCAUCCCACUUCGAUGUACGAGGUUGGGUUACCAUGUCUCGGGAAUACAACAAGACCCAAACGCUACACAACCUUCUUUGGGCACUAACAAAGGAGCCAAACAUUCCUGAUGAUGAUGAUGAUGCAGCUAGGCAGGUAUGCAACUUCUUGAGAGGUAAGAAGUUUCUAAUUGUUUUGGAUAACUUAUGGAACCCUCAAGCUUGGCAUGAUAUAUUACUAUGUCUUCCUGGUGAAGAAGAGGGAGGUGAUGAAGAAGAGUGGGGUAAUGGAAGUCGGGUACUGCAAACCACUACGCAUUUAAGGACUAAUGACCUUUUUGUCGGUGAUGAUAGACAUUGCUUAGAGUUCUAUGUACAUCGCAUGACUUUGCUAAAUCCAGAAGAAAGUUGGGUUUUAUUUUGCAACCUUUUUUCACAACGAAACAAGGCACCUGAAGUAUAUGAAAAAAUUAGGAGCCAAGUUGUAAAGGCAUGUGAAGGAUUGCCCCACUCAAUUGUUGUAGUUGCUAAACGCCUGUCUAAGUGCGACAACGUAAACCAAGAAUGGAAGAAGGUUGAAAAGGAAAUAGAGUUGCUUGGGGUUCUAGAUAGGAGGGCACUGACCCACACUUACAAUCAAUUGCCACAGCACUUAAAAGUUUGUUUUCUAUACUUUGGAGUCUUCCCAAAACGCAGUGCAAUCAAAGUGAAACUACUUUUUAGGUUAUGGAUUGCUGAAGGAUUUAUUAAUCCAUUGGGGGGCAAAGAGUUAGAAAGUCAAGCUUAUAAGUAUUUACUAGAGUUCAUUAGCAGAAGUCUUAUUCUAAUUGACAAUUGGAGUAGUUCUUAUGGAAAAGUUAAGAAUUGUAGGAUGCAUAGUGCCUUGCAUAGCUUUUGCGUAAGAGAAGCUCAAAAAGAGGGCAUCUUUUGUGCUUUAAAUACUCAGCAACUUCCACGAGGGUCAUUUAGAAUGUUUGCAAAUUCAUGCCGUUGGUUAAGCUUAUACACACAUAAAUUUGACUAUUAUGUGUUGUUAAGAACAAACAACCCCCGCUCCAUUUUCUUCUUUCAAGAAGAUGCUGAUGAAAUGUAUGUAUCUUUCAAGUUGAUAAGAGUUUUGGCUUUUGUUCCAUCUUCAUUUCUUAAAAAAGUGCCAACGCGCUUACAGGAUUUAAUUUUUUUGAGAUACCUAUCUGUAACAGAAUGGUUUGAAGGCCUUGAUUAUGUUGUGUCAACCAAUCGAAACUUGCAGACACUUGUUGUUUCUGGUAAAGAAUCCCAAUUUGGAGCACCUACUCUUUACUUGCCUUCUACAAUUUGGGAGUCACCGCAAUUACAACAUCUUGAACUUGACAAAUGUUAUGUGAUUGAUCCUCCAAGCAUGGAUAAAGAUAAUAUGCAAACAUUAUCUUGGGUGUGUCCAACUCAUUGUAGAACAGGAGUAUAUUGCAGGUUUCCAAACAUUAAAAUUUUGAAAGUCUUUGUAUUUUGCAGCAAUCCUGUUAUUUUGGAUAAUCUUGAAUAUUUGGAACGCCUUGAGAGACUAUCAAUUUUAGUUUCGUUUGGUUGCAUUGUAACCCUUCCAAAGCCAUCUAUGUUUCCUUCACAACUAAAGAAGUUGAGGUUGAAUGGUACUAACCUUACAGGGAGGGAUUUAAAGGUAAUUGGCAUGUUGCAUGGGCUUGAGAUUCUGAAGUUGGAAAAUGCCUUUUGUGGGAAAGUAUGGGAAGUAGAAGACGGAUUAUUUUUUGGAUUAAACUUCUUGCUUCUUGAAGAUAAAACGCUCGAGCAAUGGACGGUUGGUUAUAGAUCCUUUCCACGUCUUAAACACUUAAUCUUAAGAUUUUGUGAUUGUUUGAAAGAAAUCCCUAAGGUUAUGGCAAAAAUUCAUAUCUUGAAGUCAAUUGAGUUGCAGUGGUGUUGUCCGUCCCUUAUCACUUCUACAAAGUGCAUUAAAGAAGAGCGAGAGGACUUUGCAGUCGAUUUAGAGAUCAAAAUCAAGGGAUCCGCAUGCAUUACAGACGAAGAAGAGUCUAUACCUUCAGAUGAUCGAUGAAUGACAAGCCAGCUAGCUAAGCGCGUGGGAUUAAUUGUUCGGUGGUGCGACUUUGUGGUGGCGUUAAUUGUUCUCGGCGCUGCUGAGAAAUUCUCUUUCGCCAGCAAAAUUUUCCGAGCAGCAGCUUGUUAAUUGCCAUACGCAUUUCUCACUUUUUAUCCCAUUCUUCACAGGAUUUUGCUUAGUUUAUUUCCACAUUUCAUUUGCUAUUGGUUUAUGACAACACAUGAAUUUUAAUUGUGGAGCUCAAAUUUAUAAUGUGUUGCUUGUUAAUUUGCCCACGAAUAUGAUACAAUUUACUAUCAACAUUUUGCACUAAUUUAGGUUUUGAUGUUGUCAAUAUAAUUGAGUUUUAUUCUAUGAA